AAAUUCUCAUUAAAAAGCUCAUUUACAUGAAUUCCAGUAAUUGCACUGUAACUGCAUCACAAGGAGAAAUCUGUACAUAUAGAGAUCAUAUCCGUCCCUGGAUCCAGAUGAAGUGCUCUCAGCUCAGGUACAUAUCAAGAAUGGCAUUCUGGGUCACCUGCUUACUGAUCCAUCUGUUAAUACUGAGCCAGACAAAUCCAACAUCAGCUCAAGACAGUGGAACCAAUGAUGCUCCUCCAGAAAUUAAAUGCCCCCCUAAUAUGAUCUUCCGGGGGUGCAAACGCAGCUGCUUCAGUACGUGUGACAAUCUCAACCGCACCAGUGAGAACUGCUACGAGCCGUGCACCUUAGAUUGCGACUGCAUGGACGGAUUUGUCUUCCAAUCUGCCGAAUCCAGUGUUUGCGUUGAGGUGUCCGCCUGCAAGUUUUCUUGUCCCGCAAACAUGCGUUUCGACCCCUGUUUGAAAAUCAAUCGGCGUACCUGCGCCAUGCUAAACACCGCCCCCAUCUUGUAUCCAUCUUGUAUGCCGCGCUGUGUUUGUGAUGAGGGAUAUGUUAUUGCUGAUGAAAGGGAGGAAAAUCCUAAAUGUAUAAAAAUAAGCGAGUGCUCAAAAAUUUCAAGUGACUGAAUCUGUAGUUACAUUUGCCUGGCCCUCCUUCAUUGCACAAUCAAUCAACAACCAUAUCCUAACAAACAAAGGACUAGUGUGUGGUUAGGGUUGGGGUAUAUAUAGAGAAUAAUGUACCCCCUAUUGUAAAAUAUAAGGAUAUUAUAAGUCACCUAGGAGUUCCACGACCAGAUAAAAGCAUAAGGACUUCUAAUAUCCUCAUAUAUUUCUACAGGGGGAACUUUAUUUAUUAUACAGUAAUACACAAGUUUAAGUCACAGGACAGAAAUGACAUCACUAAGCUCCGAUUAUAACUGAUGACAUCUCUAAGCACCAUUUAUAAAGAUAUAAAUUACAGGAUAUUCAUGGCUCUAGUGUAUUUUCAGCUACAAUAAGCUAUGGGCGAAUUUCUCCCGUUUUGAUUCCGCUAAAAAUUUGCGAAUUUCUCUCAAAAUUCACAAAAUGGUGAAAAAUUCGCAAAAAGCCGGGAAAUCGGAAAGAGAACGAAAAACCGUGAAAUUCGAACGUUUUCACAGAAAAAAAUUGUAAUUCAAACGUUUUUACAAAAAAAUCGUGAAAUUCAAACGUU